UUGUACUAAUCCCCAGCAAGAAGAUUAUUUGGGAAAAAAGCUUGAUUUCAAUGAGGCUUAUUUUGGUGCAAAUGGAUUUUAAAAAGUGUUAGAUCAUUCCAAUGAAUGCCCCUGGAACUCCCUGCCCCUGGCUGGAUUAUUCAGAGAAUGGCGAUGGUCUGUGCAAUGUCUUGGGUCGUAUAUUUGUGGAUAAGUGCCUGUGUGCUGUUCCUCUGUCAGGGAUCUCUCCAUCAGCAGAGCUUUCAACAACACCAUCUUCACCGGGCAGAAGGUGGAACAUGCGAAGUUAUAGCGGCACACAGAUGCUGCAACAAGAACCGUAUUGAGGAGAGAUCGCAGACAGUGAAAUGUUCCUGCUUGCCUGGAAAAGUGGCCGGAACGACCAGAAACAGACCCUCCUGUGUUGAUGCUUCAAUAGUUAUUGGGAAGUGGUGGUGCGAGAUGGAGCCGUGUUUAGAGGGCGAAGAAUGUAAGACUCUGCCAGAUAACUCAGGAUGGAUGUGUGCAACCGGCAAUAAGAUAAAGACCACUAGAAUUCAUCCAAGAUCUUAAGUUUAAUUUUUCUGGUCAUCAUCACAUCCACCUCCUGAUGAACAAGGAUGCCAUAUACCAACUUCAAUCUCCUUGAGAUAAAAAAAUAUAUAAAAAUACCCUAAG